AUGUGAAUGAGUGUGAACAGAGUACUGCAAAUGACUGUUCAGCUAACUGCUGCACAAACACGUUUGGGGGAUAUAAAUGCUCAUGUGACAGCGGCUUUAUCGGUGAUGGCAUUGUAUGUCAAGAUAUCAAUGAGUGCGCUGCUGAUCCCAACGACUGCACCGACCCUAAUUCACAAUGCAUAAAUGAUGUUGGCUCGUUUCAUUGUGAAUGCAUCAUCGGCUAUGAAGGAGUAAACGGUUUCAACUGCACCCCCAUACCCGUAUCGUGUAAUCCAACAAAUUUGUGUCAGCUGGAUGCUAAUUGUACUGUUGUGAAUAAUACAAUUAUUUGUCUCUGUGAAGCACCAUGUUCAGAUGUCGAUGAGUGUGUGAACGCAACUUUAAAUGACUGCGCUAGUACUGCAACAUGCGAAAACACCAACGGUGGAUAUGAGUGUCAGUGUCAAGUUGGUUAUACAGGGAGUGGGAUAACGUGUACAGAUCUAGAUGAGUGUCUCCAGGGAGAUGACAACUGUGCAGAUGAAAUAGGACAAUGCACAAACAUUCCUGGGUCUUUCCAAUGUAAUUGUCUGAAUGGCUACAUCGGCGACGGAGUUGUAUGUGAAGAUAUCAAUGAGUGUGUACUCGUUGAGGAUGUCUGUGAUUCGAAUGCAGCAUGUAAUAAUCUAAUUGGCUCAUAUGAAUGCAUAUGUAAUGAUGGAUUUAUUGGUGAUGGACAAAGCUGUGAAGACAUCGAUGAAUGCUUGACCAUAUCAUGUGGACAGAAUGCUGCAUGUAUAAAUGUCGAUGGCUCGUUCGAUUGCCAGUGUAAUGUAGGUUUCACAGGGGAUGGGUUCAAUUGUACAGAUAUUGACGAAUGCCAGGACGAGAAUCUCAAUACUUGUGAUACUGCUAGUAAUGCGACAUGCACCAACACUGUUGGUUCUUAUGAGUGUAAUUGUAGCACUAACUGUAUAGAUGCUGAUGAGUGCUCAGACAAUACAGAUGAAUGCAGUGAUCUUGCUGAAUGUUCAAACACAGCUGGUGGUUAUACUUGUGAAUGUGAAAUAGGCUUCCAGGGUGAUGGAUUUGACUGCUCUAACAUUGAUGAAUGUUCAGAAGGGCUUGAUGAUUGUGACCCAAUAUCUGAGUACUGCGUGGAUACAUUCGGCUCAUUUGAAUGCUUUUGCAGUCCAGGUUUUGGACCAGAUGCAAUAUGCGAAGAUAUAAACGAAUGUUUACAAGUGCCACCCAUAUGCGAUGAGGAAUGUCAGAAUACAAUCGGUUCAUUUGAUUGUCUCUGCCCACCUGGAUAUACAACUAAUGGCUUCAACUGUGAUGACAUCAAUGAAUGUGACACCGAUCCCUGUCAGGAUAAUGCUUUCUGCACAAACACAAUUGGUUCAUUUGUGUGUACAUGUAAUGUGGGUUUUGAUGAUGAUGGUAAUGGAACAUGUGUUGAUAUUAACGAAUGCAAUGCAACAGUUUGUGUAGCUAAUGCAACUUGCAACAAUACAAUUGGAUCAUAUUUAUGCGAAUGCCCAACAGCAUGUGACGGAAUUGAUGAAUGUGUUACGGAAUCAGAUAACUGUGACAUUAAUGCAGUGUGUACUGAUAUAGAAUUCGGAACAUUUACAUGUGAGUGCAAUGCAGGGUACACAGGUGACGGUGUAACAUGUGAUGAUAUUGACGAGUGUUUGCAAGGUACAGACAACUGUGACAUUAAUGCUGCAUGUGAAAACAAUAUAGGAAGUUUCACAUGUGUAUGUAAUGAGGGAUAUGUCAAUUCUGCCGGCGUAUGCAUAGACGUCAACGAGUGUUUAGACAAUAACCUGAAUAACUGUGAUCCUAUUUAUGGUUUAUGUACAAAUAAUCAAGGAUCAUUUGAGUGUUCUUGCGCUGCUGGAUUUGGCUUGAUUGGAGAUGGUGUUACAUGUGGUGAUUUAAAUGAAUGUAUUGAAGGCUUCCCAUUUUGUGACACCAAUGCACAAUGUGAAAAUCUGUUUGGUUCAUUUCAAUGUUUAUGCAACCAAGGCUACACCGGGAAUGGAUUUGUGUGUGAUGAUAUAAACGAAUGCAACGAGACUGCAUUGAACAACUGUGAUGUGAAUGUCACAUGUUUAAACACUAUAGGAUCUUAUACAUGCAAUUGUAGUGCUCCGACCUGUGUAGAUAUUGAUGAGUGUGUUAUUGAAUCUGAUAAUUGUGGUGAUCCACCCGGAGCAGACUGCACAAACACAAAUGGGGGUUACACCUGUGAUUGUCUCCCUGGAUACACUGGAGAUGGCAUCACGUGUACAGAUAUUGACGAAUGUUUUCAAGGAACAGAUUCGUGUCCCCCAUUCUCUGGCUGUUUCAAUACUAUCGGAUCAUUUAGUUGUGUGUGUGAUACUGGAUUUCUACCAGUAGCAAAUUUGUGUGAAGAUAUCAAUGAAUGUAGCGUCAUAACUCCAACACUAACAUGCGGGGAGCUAGGUGUGUGUACAAAUACAAUCGGUUCAUUCACCUGUGGAUGCUCGGGAGGGUAUCAGCUUGUUGAUGACCAAUGCGUUGAUAUCAAUGAGUGUACAACUGAAUCUGAUAACUGUGAUACCUCUGCAAAUUGUUUUAAUUCCAUUGGAAGCUUCACAUGCACAUGUGACCAGGGAUAUGCAAUCAUACCGCCUGCAUCAAACUGUACAGAUGUCGACGAGUGUGCCUCAAAUGAAACAAACACAUGUGAUAGUAUUGCUGGCUAUACGUGUAAUAAUCUAAUUGGGUCGUAUAAUUGUAGCUGUGCAUCUUUGUGUACAGAUGUUAAUGAAUGUGAGAACGAAAAUGACUGUAGCUUAAAUGCAGACUGUACUAACUUUGACGGUGGUUACUACUGCACAUGCAAACCUGGAUUCACAGGAAAUGGACUU